CUGAUUGGCUGCUGCGGGACCGCGCCGCGCUCUGAUUGGCUGCGGCGGGACCGCGCCGCGUUCUGAUUGGCCCCGCGCGGAGCCGGGGGCGGUUUGAGCGGCAGCGCCCGGCGCGGCGGCGGCUCCCGGUCCGGCACGAUGCUGCCCCUGUCGUUGCUGAAGACGGCGCAGAACCACCCCAUGCUGGUGGAGCUGAAGAACGGGGAGACGUACAACGGGCACCUGGUGAGCUGCGACAACUGGAUGAACAUCAACCUGCGGGAGGUUAUCUGCACGUCGCGGGACGGGGACAAGUUCUGGAGGAUGCCAGAGUGCUACAUCCGUGGCAGCACCAUCAAAUACCUGCGGAUCCCUGACGAGAUCAUUGACAUGGUGAAGGAGGAGGUGGUGUCCAAGGGCAGAGGCCGUGGUGGGAUGCAGCAGCAGAAGCAGCAGAAGGGCCGUGGGGUUGGAGGAGCUGGACGAGGUGUGUUUGGUGGCCGUGGCCGUGGAAUUCCAGGCAGUGGAAGAGGCCAGCAGGAAAAAAAGCCAGGCAGGCAAUCAGCCAAGCAGUGAGAGCCAGGGACACUUUGGGUUUUGUCACCUCAGGGCUGCCACGUGUCCAAAAACGUUCCCUUUCCUGCUCUUCCAUCAGAACCAGAGCCCAAAUCAUGUUCCUUUGGAAGCCCCUCACGCUUUAGUCUGGUGGAGUUUUUGCUCCUUGUAGUCAGCAAAUCAUUGGAAAUACUUUUUAAAAAUUCGUUCAUGGUUAAGGACCGAGGUUCUGCCUUCUCCUGAGAGUGAAUUUUUCAGGCUUACCAGGUUUAAUUUAAAAUAUUUUCCUGUUCAGAGGUACCAGUACGAAGGCAAACACUUUCUGGAUUGCUUGGAUUUUUUUUUUUUUUUUUAAAUACUUGAAAGUUGGGAAACUUGUUUUGUUUGUAACAGAUGUGUUUUGGUUUAAAAACACUGAACUUGAGGAUGUUGUGUCUGUGUGUGAAUAGUCCUAAAGGUUUGGGGGUUUUUUAAACCAACAAACUUUUAAGCUAUUGCUUUUCUUCUCCUGGCCAGUGAGUUCUGUUUCUCCAGUGGCUUAAAGGAGGGAUGAACACUGACCUUCAGGCCUUGUUGCCAAGAGAGCUUUGUGGCAAAUGAGCGUUUCCCAAUUAGUUCAUUGCUAAUUUGACUUCAGAUUAGAAGUUUCCUUCAAAGGAACAGGGUUUUUUUCUGUGUUGGGUUGUUUGUUUUGUUGUUUUUUUGGGGUUUUUUUGCAUGAGGCUGGUGCGCCCCUUCUUCCUCAUGGGGGAUUUAAUUUUUUAUUUUUAACACCAACUUGAGUUGAUUUACAUGGGUUUAUUUCCUCCCCCUUGCUUUGAAAACUCUCUCCCUUCUGCUGUGACACCAAGUGCUGAACUCUGACAAUAUUUCCCGACCUAAUUUCUUCCAGUAGCUGGUGAUUGACCUCGCUGGCUGUACCUGUCACUUCCUCCCCCAGCCACCAAUUAUCUUCCCUUGGGGACACAGGCCAGCGUGUGAACGUGUCCCUCCUGUAGGUUCAGACAACUCCUGGGAAUUCCCAGGGCAGGUUACUCCAGUCUUCCAUCCCAAAAUACACCCUCAGAAUAUCCUGGCUGAGCACACCGGGGGGAAGAAACAGCUCUGGGUGUGCCUCACCCCCCCUGGAUGGAUGAAACAGCUGAAUUUUGGUGGGGGGGGAAUUGAUAUUGUGGCUUGUUUUGAGCAGGUUUGGGGUUUGUACAACUGGUUCUCGUGUUGGAGGCUCUGCCAUCGCCACUGUACUGAAAAGGAGUGAAGAACAUGCUUUUAUAGACUUAUUUUUUUAAUGUUUAUAGAACUGGGCACAGUGGUGAGUGAGAAUAAACCUCCAGCCUCUUCCA